CGGCCGGCGGCGGCGGCGGCGGCGGCGGAGACUGGGGGACGGUUAGGGCUUCCUGGGCUGCAGGCCUGGCUGUUGCGAGCUGCUGUCAUGGCGGCCGUGCAGUGGGGCUUCAUUUCCCUCCUCCUCUUGCUGCUCUCAGGGGAUGCCCGGAGCUCGGAGCUGCCUGGGGCUGCUGCCGAUGGGUCAGGCGGGAUUGGGGUCGGCACAGGAGACCGCUUCAAGAUUGAGGGACGUGCGGUUGUUCCAGGGGUGAAGCCCCAGGACUGGAUCUCGGCGGCGCGAGUGCUGGUAGACGGAGAAGAGCAUGUCGGAUUUCUUAAGACAGAUGGGAGUUUUGUGGUUCAUGAUAUACCUUCUGGAUCUUAUGUAGUGGAAGUUAUAUCUCCAGCUUACAGAUUUGAUCCUGUCCGAGUCGAUAUCACUUCAAAAGGAAAAAUGAGAGCAAGAUAUGUGAAUUAUAUCAAAACAUCAGAAGUGGUCAGACUGCCUUAUCCUCUUCAAAUGAAGUCUUCAGGUCCACCUUCUUACUUUAUUAAAAGGGAAUCAUGGGGCUGGACAGACUUUCUAAUGAAUCCGAUGGUUAUGAUGAUGGUUCUACCAUUAUUAAUAUUUGUGCUUCUGCCCAAAGUGGUCAACACAAGUGAUCCUGACAUGAGACGGGAGAUGGAACAGUCAAUGAACAUGUUGAAUUCCAACCAUGAAUUGCCUGAUGUUUCUGAGUUCAUGACAAGACUCUUCUCUUCAAAAUCGUCUGGCAAGUCUAGCAGUGGCAGCAGUAAAACAGGCAAAAGUGGGGCUGGCAAAAGAAGGUAGUUGGACCAUGUGGAGAUAGCAUUUGCACAAACACAGCAACACUGGGUGACAUCCAAGUUUUGAGGGGAAACCGUGUGAAGCAACUACUGUAAAUUUGAGUCAUCCUUAAAGUUGAUCUCUUAUAACUGUUGUGUGUGGUAACUCUUCAGCACGUGUUUUGUACUUGGUACACAAGAAAACCCAGCUUUCAUCUUUUAUCUGUAUGAGGUCAAUAUUGAUGUCACUGAAUUAAUUACAGUGUCCUAUAGAAAAUGACGUUAAUAAAUUAUAUGAAGUACUAUACAUUAUGUAUAUUAAAAUGUCUUAAUCCAGA